AUGCCACAGAUCGUCGCGUUCAUAAGUGUCAUUCUCCUCACGAUCGGCAUCAACUAUGGUAUCGGUUCGCAUAAAGACCAACUCACGACGGAUCAAAUCAUCGCGGCCACAAAAUGGAGCUGGAUGAACCAAGCCGUGGGAAUUUUUGCAAUUGGAACCGGAAAACUAGCACUGGUCGCAUUUCUCCAGCAAAUACAUGGUCCCGAACACAGAGGACGAGUUACAUUCUUAUGGGGCGUGGCUAUCAGCAACUUACUCCUCAACUGUAUCACAAUCGGCAUGAUCAUGACUCAGUGCUCGCCACGCGCGAAACUUUGGAACGAUAUUCUGAUGGGAACAUGUGAUGGGAGACUUCGAAACCAAAACAUGGCCUAUUUCCAAGGAAGCUGGUCGGCGUUAUGCGAUCUUAUCUUGGCCUUGUAUCCUAUAAUCUUCUUUUGGAAAGUGCGACUCGAUCUACGCGUGAAGAUCGGACUGUGUUUGCUCAUGGGCUUAGAGCAUGUGCCUGUUCUAUCAUCAAAACCACGGUAUACUACCCUCCUGUAUAACUCAAUAUUGCGCUUGUUGAACUUCACUCAUGGAUUUGUUGGACAGUAUCUGCGUGUUCUCUCCCAGACCGAUGACGUUACCUACUACCUCGCCCAGUUGAGUACAUGGAAUGAAACCGAGAAAUGGGUGGUCCUCAUUGUUGGUUCCAUCCCUCCAAUCCGCCCUCUACUCGUCAUCAUAUUCCGACGCCUCCUCUCCACCGUCAAAUCAUCAUCCGGUCCCCAAUCCAGCAACGUCGUCAGAUUAACCGACUUGCAAUCGGCUUCGAAGUUCUCUAAGCACACAAGUCAGCAUCGCCACCUCGCAAACAACGGGAUGACAAUUCUGAAAAGCAAGGAUAGCGAGGAGAACAUGUUGCCGAUGGAAGAAGGAACUAUCAUCAAGACUACCAACAUCAGUUUGCAUUAUGAGGGUGAGACGAUGAUACGAGGAGCUGCCGAAACGGAUGGUGCUGGCAGACGUCGAGCCUUGCCAUCUUCUGGCUCACGCAUGUUAACCGCAUAA